AGUCCUCGCACGUGAUGGCGUGUCUGGCCCAUCCCUGUCUCUUGGCACAGUCAAUUCGGUUCGAAGCUAUCGCAACAAAGACACCUUCCUGCGAUCACCGCGAGAUCGCAAGAAACAGAACAUUCGAAAAUGGCACCACCGGCUCGAGGGCGAUCGCUACCAAAGGCGUCUUUUUCGCCGCAUUUCUCCAAACUCAAAACAUUGACCUACACGGAUACUCUCCGACCGGGCGCAGUUGUCCCAGCCAUGCACUUUAUUCGCACUCUAUCGUGGAAUGCGAGCGGUACGUUCAUUGCGACUGGAGCAGCCGAUCGUACACUUCGAAUUUGGAACCCCGACAAGCCCAAUGUCAGGCAUUCAACCGAGUUGAAGGGCCUUGGAGGCCCCGUCGAGCGCGUCCAAUUCCAUCCCAUCAAUGACAACGAGCUGGCGAGCUGUUCGGCCGACGGAGCUAUACGUUUUUGGGAUGUGAGGUCGAAAGCUAGUGUGGGCGAAUACAAAGUUAACGGCGAACCUUUCACAAUAACGUGGAGGCCGGAUGGUGAAGAGAUAGUAGUGGGCACAAAGGACAACAGACUCAUCCAACUCGACCGCUCCACCCUAACUCCCAUUUCCGAACAUCAACAGCCCAUAGUUACGAACCAUUCUGUGUUCGACUGGUCGGGUAAACACCUUUUCCUGACCAAUGGCGAUGGGCGCGUCAAGGUUCUUCGAUACCCAUCCUUCGAAAAUCCCAUAACCCUGACUGGGCACACUUCAUUGUGCUACGCAUUAUCUAUGUCGCCAAGUGGCGAAACACUAGCAGUUGGUGGUUCCGACGCGCUCGUGUCGCUCUGGGAUACCCAGGAAUGGAUCUGCGUCCGGACACUCAACUUAGUCGAGAACCCAGUCAAAAGUGUCGACUUUUCUUUCGACGGCAGCUAUGUUGUUGCAGGCGCCGAUGACGAGAAGAAAAUGCAGAUUGCACAUGUAGAAACCGGAGAGAUCGUCCAUACUCAGGACCUUACCAAAUCUGCGAGCCAGGUUGCCUGGCAUCCAUACCGCUACGUGCUGGCAUAUUCGGCGGAGAGUCAGGGUCUGAAAAUUAUCGGCAACAAAAAGAAAUUCAAGAAAUUACAUCGUCCACUAUGCCUUCCAAUAACUCAAGACAGAAGACCAGACGAAAACAUGAAUAUCGACGGCCCAUUCAACCCCAGCAGCCUCUUCAGUGCCAAGGGGCUCGUAGUCGUGAUAACCGGCGGCGGAAGCGGACUUGGAAUAGCCAUUGCCGCAGCAUUGCUACAAAAUGGAGCCUCGAAGAUCUACCUCCUGGGCCGCCGCAAGAACGUCCUGGACGAUGCCAUCAAUACACUACAGAGCUCCCCCUCAGCACCCGAGGACGCCGCCUCAAAACUCACCGCAAUCCAAGCAGACGUAGCAAACCAGGACUCUGUAUCCGCAGCCGCGGCACAGAUAAAAAAGGAAGUUGGAUUCGUCGACGUUCUGCUCAACAACGCAGGCGUCAUCGGCCCCAAGAACGCCGCCGCCAUCAACCAGGCAGACUCGAUCGAGCAGCUCCAGGCCGCCUUCCUGGACGGCUACGACGAGUGGGGCACUACGUUCGCCGUCAACACGCAGUCCCUCGUCGGCGUCACUGCUGCUUUCCUCCCGCUCCUUGAGGCCGCGAACACGCGCCGCGGAUUCGCGCCCGGGAAGGUCACGGGAGCUGGCGUCGCGAGGAAGCAGGACAGGUCCAAGUUGAAGGAACUCGGUCUGGAUGAGGAUGACGACCGUCUCAGCCAUGUCAUCAGCGUUGCCAGUGUUGCGAGCUUCAUGCGCUUCUCGGCUUCAGGAUUAGCAUACAACGCAACCAAGUCAGCCGCCGUACAAGUCGGCAAGAUCCUGAGCACCCACCUCGCACAAUGGGGCAUCAGAAGCAACGUCAUCGCACCAGGCCCCUACCCCUCAGAAAUGAACCAGCAGGGCGCGAACAAGCAGUACGGCACAGACGAGCUGCCGCAGGGCAGACAGGGCAACGCGAACGACAUCGCGGCGCUGGCGCUGUUCCUCGUGGGCAAGUCGGGCGCGUACAUCAAUGGCGUCGUGCAGUUGUCUGAUGGUGGGAGGGUUGGCGUGAAUGCGGCUACGUACUAGAUAAAAGUACGUAGGUGAUUGACGCAGAGAGGGAAGGGGGUGUUCGCUUCAUGCAGCUUUUUUGUCCUUCGUAUACAUAGAGGGAGGAAGGGGUCAUUAGGGUUGAGGUAUAUACGUACGGGGUAAGCAUAGAGUAGCAUUCGACAUGACCGAUGUUGGUACAUUCAUAGCAAGUCGAAUCACCUCAAUUUAACAAUCACAUAUCACACAGCGCACAAGACAGACGAGUUGUUUGGGUG